UAAAAACUUGUUCUCCAAAAGAAAAACUAUAAAUUUUUAUGGAACCACUUAACUCGGGAAAACUAUCAUCAAGAUCAAAUAAAUCGGGAUCAAACAAAAUCAUUCCUUCUGGCUCAGUGAUGGAUCCAAAAGCCAAGAAAUCAAAAAAGAAAAAGAAGAACAGAAAGAACUCAGGAAAACCGGAAAGUGAUGUACAGGAAUCAAGUGCCAAACUCACAAGUGAUGAAGAAAGGGGUGCUCUGGAAGUAGAAGGAGUCAAAGCAUUAGAUGAUACCGAGCCUGAGGAAACUCCCAAUCCUUCAACAACCACGAAGCUCCCAUCUCUGACCAACGUGAAGGCAGCCAAGAACCGCAACUCACCACGUGGUGAGCACCCGUCCAAACUUCUAUAUCGGCCGGACCAGGCAGUGGUCAACACCCUCGCACAGAGAAUCUCAAGCCUCAAUCUCAAGCACCAAAAACAAAAUAAUAAUUCUUCCUCGAGACUGACUAAUGGCCGCCUCAGACAGAAUAAUGCCGCGGGAGGCGGCAAAAUGUCGAACGGGAACGGGAAGUCCUCACGACCCGCGAAAGACAAAACAACGAAAUCGGCUCCGGCCGGCGUGAAAAUGACAGCUACUGACAGGUCUUCUCAUUCUUUGCCAAAAGAAGAGUCAAGCGGCGGUGUUGCCAUAGAUCUCGUUGCUAGCGCUGUUAUCAACGAAAGUUUACGCUGGGACAAUGUUCUCGAGGACUCGGAAGAAGAGCGAGAACGAAUUAAAGUCUACAAAAUUAACCGGAGGAAAAGAUACUUGGCUGCCGCGCAAGCGAAAGGUUUAGGCUGGGCAUUAAAUUAUUCUGUGAACUCUGCUUUCCAGAUUUCGGACGAUUUAGUGUAUGAUAGUGUGUCGAGGGCUGGGGGAAAUGCCUUCACCACUGACUAUAGUCCUAUUCGUGGCCUCCGAGCUUCUCAAGGUCAUGCACUCGUAGGACAAACCAUGGUGGAAUGUUGACGGAGACUUUUCGUAAACUUUAAUCAUACCUCUGACUGUACUGAAAGCUCUCUUUCUCUUUAAAACUUCUGAAGUGUGAGAGGGGGGAGAAAUGUGAUUUUGGGUUUGAUCUUCAGAUGUGACAUAGUUUGGUUUCCUCAACAGAUUUGAAUUAUGGAUGAUAGGUCCUUUAUUGGAUCAUGGUGGUUAUUUUUAAAAAUACAUUUAUUGCGAAAAGCUGCUGCUGGAAAGGAAUCUGUCCAUUGAAUGGGGAAAAAUUGUUUUUCUUAUCAGAUAUAUCUACAAAUUUAGGUUGGAAUACUGUGAUAGAAGAAAGCGAACCCGUUGCCUAAAUGACUUUGAUAUUCCCGCUUACACUUUUCAAACAUUUCUAUGCACUGCACUGUCUGAGGGACAUUUUUGGCUUCAGAAUGUGCCCACUUUGUAAUUUUCCUGUUAUAUUUCUUAACUUUCUGGCUUAUUACAGAAUGUGCCUCAUGUUUCAUCAGUAUUUCUUUGCAGAUGUUGACAUUUUUGUGAAUGUCUGUCUCAAUCCUUUAUGUGAUAAGGUAAAAAAAAAAUUUUAAUUCUGCAGUUUCCUGCAGAUUAUAUUUAUUAUAACAUGACUUUUCACACGUAAAGUCAAAAAACUUUUCUAAUUACAACCAGUUAUUGUAACUGUAAUGUUUUACACCCCCAUCAACACAAUUUAGAUUGUUUAGGGGCGGGCUGUUUCUACCCUGCCUCUCAGGGCCAGACAAGGCUCAGGCUGAGUGGGAUCAUAUACACGCUGACAGAAGGAAAUACUCCAUAUAGAACUCCCCCCACCCAGGGAGCCUAUGAGAAAGGUUAUAUAUUAGAUCUUAGAAAGUUUGGUGAGAAAUUUUUAUUAAAGAAAUUUUUUAUUUAAAGAAAUAUAUUUUUUAUAGAGAUGAGACUCAGAGAAGAUUUGUACGUUCAGUAGUGCUGGGCGGAACCGGCGAAACCCAGUGUCUGUACUUUCUGCCGAGAACCGCCAGUAUUGGUACCGGUACCGGUACUGGGAGUGACACUAGGAGGUCACUCACAGACGGUGCGUCUCGCGUACGUCACGAUCAGCGCCGUCCACCCCCCCCCCCCCCACACACACACACACAAAUUGGAGAGACGAACUGUGAUGCAAAAUACCUUUGAAGUUUGCAGCCGCGCUGGAUUAAACUUUGCAUGUAGAAUUUCUAAAAUAAUUAUCGCCACUAAAAAUUGAUUUCAUUUUCGGAAUCAGCGUAUCAAAAUAAAAGCAAAGUGGCUCGCGUGGAACCUGAUUUGAUGCCAUACUGGAAUUUAACUUAAGCAAACUUCUUUGUAAAUUGUUUUGAUGGUUUCUGUAAUUCUGAUUUUUCUAGUGUGAUGAGAAAAUGCUGAUGAAAGCAGACAGAAAAGUAUGAGAGAGGGAGAGACAGAUAAGAGUAAGAGGGAGAGACAGAGAGAGUAAGAGGGAGAGAGAAAAAAAGGUUGGUUAAUUGUAAACCUUUACUCCUCCAUCAGUAUAAUUUUGAUUAUUUCAGAGGUAAGCUGCUAGGACCCUGCCCGUCAGGACAACCUGGGCUGGGAGUGGGAGGGACAGGGCAUCCCAGGGAAAAGACAAAAAUACUUGAAAAAAAUGUAUUUCCCCGCAUAGCUUACAAACUCAUGUACUGUGUGCAAACCUAAAGAGCCACCAGUAAAAUAGAAGCAAAUGGCUAGGUAAGAAGUAAGAUUAAGUAAGUAACAAGGCAUUUUCCUAUUCAUACUCAUACUCAGAUCCAGUGCGAGUUUUCUUUUCAUGAGGAAAACGUCACUGAAUCUGAGUUUUUUCAUUUUUGAGCUAGUCUUUUACACCUUCUUUACCAACAGAUGGGUUGGAGCGUGAACAGUGCUAGUGAAAUGUAAUGGCAAGCCUAGAAUGAAUGAAAUAUUUGUUUAUCUAAUGUUAAAUGGGCAUGAUAUAAUUAAAUAAGACUUAUUUCCUUGCCUUAUGUAAAAAUACCAGUAUGAACGUGUCAUUUGUUUUGAAAUGCUGUGACAUGGGUUUUUUUCCCUCUGUUAUAACUUAUAUUGAACAGUGUUCAAGGUCGGGACAAAUUGUCUCUCAACAUAUGCUCAUUUAUAUAAAGGGCGUCUUUCCAAACUCGUGUCUCUUGAACUUGAAGUUUUGCUGUAAAUUACACUACAGUAUUGUGGUCAAAAUGGGUACUGUAACGCAUGUCAUGUGUAUGUACAUUUUUUCUUCUGUUUCUCCUCCCUAUGGUGCAUUCUCUGAUAUAUAUUAUGUUUCAAUGUAAGAGGAAGUUUUUUUGAUAUCUGCAGAUAGCCAAUACAUCGUGUAAACAAUUUCAGAGUUCUCAUUUUGCGUCUGCUGUUUUGUACAUUUAUUUGAGUAAAAAGAAACAACUCAACACAAUAACAAUCAUUUGGUGCAGGGAAAUGGGGCGACAGACGGACAGAAACAGCAGAGGGAAAGAAAAGAGGUAGCACAUUGCAGCACUAGCGCCUUUCAACCACCCAUGAAAUCAACAUUUGAUGGAGGAAAAAAAGUAAAACAGACUCAUACAUACAGAAACAACAAAGGGAAAGAAAAGUAUCGCAAGACUAUGCCAUUGUUAAACUGGCUAAGACUAAGAGCUGCAGCUGAGCAAGGGAACAGAAACGAGUAAAAAUAAAAGCUGUUGCAGUUACACUACAUUACAUGAUGUGGAAUCUAGAGGUCUAUAGAUCUGAUGCACCAAGUUGUUUCGACAGGAGGGGAGGGAGAAAAAAAGUGCACUGUUGAAACAGGGCUGGCUCUGUGGCAGUGGUAUUCAUUGUAUGUUUAGAUAGACCAGUAGAACAAGAGAAUAUUCCAUUCUGAUUCAAUGACAGAAAAGAAUAUUUCAUUGAGUCAAUUUCACAAGAGAAUAUUUCAGAAGAUUCAGGCAGAGGUGUUAGUAGUGAUAAUCCUAUGAUGAAUCUCAUAUUGUCACCUAAACAAAUAAAUUCCCCAAUAAUUUAUAAACUUUUAGUUUUAAAAAAAUAAAUUUGAAUACAUCAUGUUAGUACAGUAACAGUAGGCCCUACAUAUAACUUGGUCCCAGGUCUUUGUUUCAAACUCAAACCAGGCAUACAUGAUGGAGUAUGAAAGGCAGAGAAGAUGGAUGACUGUGUUGAGUGUCUACUGCUGUGUCAUUUGAUAACUUGAGAAGUUGAGGGACGGGGACCUUGUGUGUAGUGUUUGCAAUUACGUACGCUACUUUAUUUGUGUACAACGACGAACAGCAUGACUAAUAUUACUAACUAAUAAGUUAACACUAUAAAUUGAUUUGUCUACAGUGUAGAUUCUACAAGGAAACUGAUACUGAAAAUAUUUCUAAAUAAUAAAAUAUAAUUUUCUUGAAGGUUUAUUUUAGCCUAAAUUUAUUGCAAAUUACAGAGAAUGAAGUGAAAUUUCGCACUCUAUUAAUUUAAUCAAGAAUUGCAUUAAAUAUGUUGUGGGAAAAAAAUCUGCUCCAUAUCAGACAAUUGGAGGCCAGGUAAAAGUUGAGGGAGGGAAAGUGUAAUUUUAAAUUUUAACAUUGCGCCACCGACUACAUUUUCUUAAAAUGUUAAUAAUAAUAUUUGAUCUUCUAAUUUCUAAGGGCAAAAGUAUUCAUUGACUUAUUUGCUUUAUCAUAAUAUAAUAUGUUCUUUAUCAGUAGGUACAAUCAAACAAAAUGUGAAAAUGUACCAACCCCAAAACUUAUUAGUUUGACAAAAACACAUGAAUGAAAUGUCCCUUCUGCCUCAGCUGUAACUGUAAUUAAGUGCAAACGAACCCAGCUUCUUGUAAUGAUAAAUUGAUGGAUUACAUUCCGUUACGUUAUAUCACAAGGUAUAUUUUUGUGCACAUUGUGUAUGGUACUCAAAUCUACAUACACGGUGGAGUUCUCGUAAACUGAACAGUCAAUCCGAAAAUAGCAAAAGAACAAAAUCCCUGAUUUUUUUCUUUGCCCUAACUGCUACAAUCUCUCUAAACUUAAAACCUGGCUAAACUCGAGAAAAUCAGGCAGUUCGUCAGAUUUUGGUUUGAGCAGACUCCAGUGUGUGUUGUGCAAGUACCUGAUGUCCUUCUUGUCUCUCGCUCUGCGGUGCCGCUAGACAUUCCGUCUGCCAUUUCUUUUCUAUUCGCAAUUUAUACGUGCGUAUGUGAAUCAAAUGUUUGUUUUUUGGAUAAUGUUUUUUUAUUUUUGGAAAAACUUUUUGUACUCUUUUUGUGGAACUUUUUGGACAACUUUUUAUCUACUGCUGAUCAAGUUGUACCGCCUUGCAUGAAAAUACCAUAUUAAAUGCACUUAAAAUGCUAUUACUAUUACUAUUUAUUAAAAACAGAAGUGUGUGAAUACAA